UGGAAACGCAUGUGAAGGUCGUUGCAGAUGCGCAGAUGGGAUCCGUUGCUACAAAAGCCUCUGAACUUGGAGCGGCAUGGGUCAUCCUUGAUAGGCGCUUGAAGAAGGAAGGUGAUUUCUGCUUAAAGCAACUGGCCGAUUGCAACAUCAUACUAAUAGAUCACGCCAUCCCAAAGAUCAUAAGGUUAGCAAACUCACGAUCGCAACCAUCGGAUGAGAUCGACCCAAGUGGGCCCCACAAUGAUCCUACGGCUGUAGACAUGUCAAACGUGCUUCCCAUCUACCAUUCUGAUUCUAAAACCACAACCACCCCAAGUAGUCUUGGCUUGGAUAGCCAGAGUGCAAACACGGACGAGUGGGGCACUAUAUCUAGCGAAGAGAGAGAAGAUGAUCGUCGGGCCACACCUUUCGUGGCGAAUUAUCAGCCGUCCAAGUCCUUGAUCAACCAAAAUGAAAGUAGAAGUCCAGCCAUGUCCCGAUUGACAGCUUCUAGUACUACUAGAUCACAAGAACUGAGAAAGGUAUCAAAAUUCGACGGUGAUGAUCAAUGCAGGAGUUCAGAUGGGUCCCACUCUACUGCUUCUAGUUCUAAACCACAAGAACUGACAAGGGUGUCAAAAUUGGACGGUGAUGAGCAAUACAGGAGUCCAACCAAGCCACGCCCUACUGCUUCUAGUACUAAAUCACAUGAGCUGAGGCGGGUCACGAAUUUCAGCGACGAUGAUCAAUGUCGAAGUCCAGCUGUGUCCCGAUCAACGGCUACUAGAGCUAGAUCACAAGAACUGAAGUGGGUGUCCAAAUUCAACAAUGGUGGGCCCACACGAGAGACGCCCAUCGAUAACUAUGGCAACAGCAGAAGCAUUGGCGUCAAACAGAUAGAGAAACUGAAGCCACCGAAAGUUCCCAUCCCAGCCAGACGAUCUGCAGAUAUACCACGGCCAAGAAAGCAUUUAGAUGGACCAGAUGAAUCAAAUGCUCUAAUCAACAGCAGAAGGAGUUUCAGUAGGGAAAUCAAACAGGCCAAGGCCAUCACAGUAUCAUCUUCACCUCGAAUCACUGCACCGCUCGAUCGGACCUCUAGCAUAAGGCGAGCCAUCUCUAUCUCAAUCAAACAGCCUCCAACCCCUCCACCCUUGUGUUCUGUCUGCAAGCAUAAUGCACCUAUAUUCGGUAAGCCUCCAAGGAAGUUCAGCUACGCAGAAAUGGAGGCUGCGACGGAUGGAUUUUCGAAUGAAAAUUUCUUGGCGGAGGGAGGAUAUGGGCCUGUUUACAAAGGGGUGUUGGCAGAUGGGCAGGUGGUGGCGGUGAAGCAGCACAAGAUGGUGAGUGCGCAGGGCGCGUCGGAGUUCUGUGCUGAGGUGGAGGUUUUGAGCUGUGCACAGCAUAGGAAUUUGGUGAUGUUGGUGGGUUAUUGCAUGGAGGAGGAGUGGCUGCUUGUUUAUGAGUUUGCAUGCAAUGGGUCCCUCAACAAUCACUUGUAUGGAAAGGAAUCAAAGGAGGUAAUGGCAUGGAAAGAUAGGUUGAAAGUUGCAAUUGGAGCAGCAAGAGGGCUACGUUAUCUUCAUGAAGAUUGUCGUGUGGGGUGCAUUGUCCACAGAGAUCUCAGGCCUAACAACAUCCUUCUUACCCAUGACUUCGAACCUAUGGUUGGUGAUUUUGGGCUAGCAAGGUGGCAAGCGGACGGGGACUCGGCUGAGGAGACACGUGUGGUCGGCACACUCGGGUAUCUGGCCCCCGAGUACACUCGUACUGGGCAAAUAACAGAGAAAGCUGAUGUGUACGCGUUUGGAGUGUUGCUGAUGGAACUCGUGAGUGGCCUAAAGGCCAUUGAUUUCUCUAGAACUCAGGGACGACAAUAUCUGCCUGAAUGGGGUCGACCGAUGGUAGAAAAGAAGAUGGUCCAUCAGAUGAUAGAUCCUCGAUUAGACAGUGACUACAUAGCCCAAGAAGUGGAAUGUAUGAUGCAUGCAGCUAGCUUAUGUAUCAAGCAAGACCCCGAAAGACGACCCCGAAUGUCCAAGGUGCUACGGAUAUUAGAAGGCGACAUGCUUCAUGACAUUGUGCCUCAUGACCAGCUGCAGCAUGCACGUACAUGGACAUAUACAGAUCUUGCUCCAUCCAUUCCCCAGAGAAGCCCAAUUUCAAAUGAUUCGAUAAACAAAGCAACGUCAGUUAGGCAAAGAUCUACGGAUAUGUAUGGCAUGGAAAGAGCAAGUAAUGAAUGUUGGAUGUCAGGAGAAAAUGACAGCGUUUUAAGUGAAGAAUUCCAAACAUACUUACAAGGUUCAUUUUCAGAGUUCAUGCAAAAGAUGAAGUCAGAUGAAAAAGCCAUGGCAUUAAUGCAUGGAGAUGGUUAUCAAAAAAGCCACCCUAUUUCCAAAACAAGCAUCAAGAGCAUGUGAAAUUACAAAUGGGUUUUCUUUGUAAUUUGUAUUUUGUAGUGUUGUUUACAGUUAAAAGUCACAAUUGCAUUAUUGAAGUUUAGAUGCUAACCUUACAGCAUUUCAAUCCUCA